AUGUCCCGUGUAAGGGCCACCGAUUUCGAGGAGAGGGACUACUACCCCGCCCCUCGACGAUCUGCUCCUGAGGGACUCGACGAAGUCGACUAUCGUCGUCGCACCGUUACAAUCAGCCCUCCUCCACGAGAGGAGUCUCGCACACCCGCAUUUCUGCGAGAUGAUGGUCGCCGACCCGAAGCUGGCCCUAUGGUUCUGCGCCAGCGUCAAGUAGAGACCAUCGACCGACACCGUCCCAGAAGUCCCAGCCCAGUUGCUCGCGUUCGAGAGGAGCGCAUCAUUCGAAGGCCCCGCAGCAUCUCACCCAGUACUCACCACUCUUCCCACGACCAUGACCAUGAGCACGAGCUCGAGCGUUCUCGCACUAGAGUUUACGAGCGAGAGCGAGUUCGGGAGCCUUCUCAACCACCUCCCAAACGAGCUCCCUCGCCAGCCCGUGUUGUGCGAUAUGUUGAGCGGCCAAAGUCACCUUCUCCCCCUCCUCCUCCACCAGUUGAAGAGCGGGAGCGCAUUCGCACUCGCAUCAUUGAGCGUGAGAGAGCCCCUUCGCCUCCUCCUGCUCCUAAGCCUUCUCCUCCACCCCCUCCGCCUCAGACUAUUCGUGGACCAACAAUUGAGCGAGAGGUUAUCACGCACUACCGUGAUAUCGACCAUGGCAUGAUCAAAGCUAGACCUCCUACACCUCCUCCCCAGCCCAAGCCUCAGCCUCCGCCUCGUGCCCCGUCCCGGGUCCGCGAGCGGGAGACUGAUAUUGAUAUUUCUCUCUCAAGAAACAGGACUGAGGUGGACAUUUCUCGCACAUCUCGUACUCGAUCGCAGAGCCAGGAACGACGAUCCGACUUCCGCGAUGACGAGCUCGUGAUUCGACGAGAAUCUGAUUCCCGUCGCCGAGCGCAUUCCGCUGCUCCGCUGCCCACACCCAAUGCUGUCGAUGAAGAAGGCGACUACCUCACUGGCAAGAUUGACUCUCGAGGCAAAAUGGGUGAGGCCUGGGGUGGCGCAACCAAGGACUGGACUCUUGUGGACGUUCCGCCAGGUACUGAGCGCAUCCGAAUGGAUGGAAUCGGUGGCGGCAGCACCGAGACAAACUGGACGCGGUACAGUGGCAGCAGAAAGAGCAAGUUCAUCCCUGAGAGAGAUGGCCAGCCUGCUCCAGCCCCUGCGCCAUCUCCCAAGCCUGCUCUUAGAGAGCCCUCUCCUCCCCCUAGCCGUGACACACGAGUCAACGUUUCGAUUUACGACCGCGAGAGAGAAAUCGACAUUGAGAGGACUCGAUCGCGUUCUCGACCUGCUCCUCCACCACCCAAGGACAUGUGGACCGAGGUUACCAAGGACCUCGUUGUCCGCGAGGCCAUCGAGAGCUCAGGAUAUGAGUAUGAGGAGACCAAGGAGUUCUACUAUAUCAUGGACUAUCUCAAAUACGACGAUGUUCUCCGUCUAGUUGAUAUUUCAGAUGAGAUCCGACGAUCUCGAAAGCAGCGCGCACGAGAGCUCGAAUAUGAGAGAGAAUUCCAAUUUGAUUAUGAGCGUGACCGUACCCGACACAGCCACAGCCACCCUCGCUGGGACGACGUGACGGAACGCGAGACGUUCUACGAUAGCCGCCCUCCCCGGGGCUACCUGCGUUAA